UCGGAGAAACGAUCGUAGAGUCGGCCAUUUUCGCUGGUCGUGGGAGCAGCGAGAGCUAGCCUUCCCGUGUCCGGCGCGGUCUUCUCUCGCGUGUGUGUGUUACGCUGAGCUGUCGUCCGUCCCACAGCUGAGCCGUUAAAACCGCGGGCGCGAAUAAUACCGAGAAAUAAAGGGGGAACAAAUAUCAGAUCCAGGAGAAAAAAGAACGAACCGUAGUGAGAAUAAAGGUGGAAAGUUAGUGGUGUUGAUCGUAGGUGUAUCUCAUGGGGUCCGCCUUAUCAGUAUUUGCGAUAAUCCGCCGAAAGAGUAGCACAUAACCGUCAGAUAUAGAAAAAAAGUACAGCCGGUUCUUAGUCACAAAAUUCUGCGAAAGAAGAAAGAAUCACAGAACGAGAGAGAGAGAGAGAGAGAGAGAGAGAGAGAGAGGGCGAACGAAGGAAAAAUAGAGUAGUGAGGGGAGAGAAGACGGUGAAGACAUCACCCGGUAAGGGCUUAAAAAAGGGGCGAGACACAGAGUAUUAACGAAGGGCACCAAAAGGUGUAAAGCCUCGACAUAUCUUCGAAAACACAAGAGGAAGGUAAAAACAUCGUUUUUCGUGUGGCAUGAGUGACAAGAAAUCGAGUUUAAUUUCAAAAGUGUUGAGUUGAAAAAAACAAAUCAAACGUGUAAAACAAACCACAUAUUUAUUCGGUGAUUCGGGCGAGGCGAGUGUGAGUCGUUGAGUUUAUUGAACGACAUUGACGCGGGGUCCCGUUCAUUCGAACGUCAUCCGAGGUUCCGCGAGAGUGUACAUUUCGCCGUUUUUAUCUCUUUUUACCGUGCGUAUCCCUCAUGACUUUCGGGCACAGUGAUUUGGUGGAGCGAGAGAGAAGAGCGUGCGCGUAGUGAUUUCAGUUAAUCGUUUUUUCCACGAUAUCAAGUCGGAUUCAUCUGAGUGAAGACGAAACAAGAAAGAUAGAAAGAUAGACACACAGGCAGGCCGGUCGAUCGGUGCGUUGGAGAGUUCUUAACCGUGAGAACCCUCCGUUUUAUCAAAGGAGCGCUCGGCAGAAAGAGAGAGGAAGAGAGAGAGAGAGAGAGAGAGAGAAAGGAAGAGUAUAGAGCGUCGAGGAAGAACAUCGAGGGUAGCGCGGGUGGGUGGGGGCGAAAAACACUGUGCUCUGUGACAGGAAGGUGCGGAUAGGAGCGAGCCGGCUCCGAUAUUGUAAAAAGGAGAGAAAAAAACAUAUACACACACAAGUACGAUGGCGGGACAAACUAUAAACGACAGGCUGUUGGCCGCGAGACACAGUAUUGCGGGCCAGGGCCUUGCAAAGUCCGUAUGCAAAGCGACCACCGAGGAGAUGAUCGGACCAAAGAAAAAACAUCUUGAUUAUUUAAUACAUUGCACGAACGAGCCCAACGUUUCGAUACCACAACUGGCAAAUCUCCUGAUCGAGAGAUCCCAAAACACAAAUUGGACAGUCGUCUUUAAGGCUCUAAUAACCGUACAUCACAUGCUCUGCUAUGGAAACGAGAGGUUUACUCAGUACCUUGCGUCGAGCAACAGCACGUUCCAGCUCAGUAAUUUCCUGGACAAAAGUGGUGUGCAAGCCGGAGCUCGGGUGGGGUACGAUAUGUCGCCGUUCAUCAGGCGAUACGCCAAAUAUCUUAACGAGAAAGCAAUGUCGUACAGAAGUGUGGCCUUCGAUUUCUGCAAAGUCAAACGAGGGAAGGAAGAUGGCACGCUGCGCACAAUGAACGUUGAAAAACUUCUGAAGACCUUGCCGGUGCUCCAGGCACAGUUGGACUCACUCCUUGAAUUCGAUUGCACGGCCAAUGAUCUCACCAAUGGCGUUAUCAGUAUGGCUUUCAUGCUUCUCUUCCGAGAUCUUAUAAGGCUCUUUGCUUGCUACAACGAUGGUAUCAUUAAUCUAUUAGAAAAGUACUUCGACAUGAAUAAAAAGCAAUGCAGAGACGCUUUGGAUCUGUACAAAAAGUUUCUAAUACGAAUGGAUCGGGUCGGAGAAUUCCUCAAAGUUGCUGAGAGUGUGGAUAUCGACAAAGGCGAUAUUCCUGACCUCACCAAGGCUCCGAGCAGUUUGUUGGACGCAUUGGAACAGCACUUGGCAUCCCUCGAAGGAAAGAAAGGUUCGGCGGCCAACACCCCGACUCAAUCAGCCAGCAAUAGAACGAAUGUAAAGUCGGGAGUGUCCGCCCUGUCUUCCACCAGUACGGCCUUUGGAACCGCCGCCAGCAACGCCCGACUCGAUCACACCGGUAAUGGACACAUCGACGAGGCUCUCAGACAACAGGCUCUCGCCGAGGAGGAGGCUGCUAUGAAUCAGUACAAGGCCAAGGUACAAUCACCAUCGGGUGGACCGAGCACGAAUCCGUUCCUGAGUUCACCAACCGGAAGCGGAAAUCAGCCGAUCGUCGAUCUCUUCGGUUCAGCGCCGACCACAGAUUCUCAGUCUCAGAAAGCGUCGGAUGACCUUCUCCAGCUUGCAGGAAAUCCGUUUGCCGACAUGUUCGGAGCGCCACAACCGGCAGCUCCUCAACAACCGCAGCCACAAAACAAUAUGUGGAUGACCAACGGUAAUGGUUUCGCGGUUGGGCCAGCGGCAAGUAAUAACUUUGUUACAGAUAACAAUUUCUCAUCGGUGUUCGGAGGUCAAGAACAAGGGACGGCUGCCGGCCCAGGAUCGGUUGGAUCCGUGCCCAAUCCCUUCAUGAACGAUUUUCCACCUCCCAACACGAGCAAUCCUCAACCUUCCGGUAACAACGCGACGAUCGGUAUGUUCGGUAACGAGUCCCGUAACGCCGGGGGAGAUCCCUUCAGUGGGGUCGGACAGGCGGAUAUGUUUGGGGGCGACUCUGCAAUGGCGAAGACUUCGGAUAUCGUUGAGGCCGUUGGUGCUGACUUUGUUAACGCUGGUAAUAACGUCGUCCAGAAUAAUAACGGGCAGCAAUCAUCAUCAGCGGGUUCAAUGUCGCAUGCGACCUCACUGGGUACUGCAAAGUCCAAUGCAACGCCGCCGCCCAGACCGCCCCCACCCGGAACAAUCGGUGCUGUUAAUGACAAUUCAACGCCGAGGCCAAUGUCACCCGCGAUUGGAGCUCCUUCCAACUCCGCUGGUAGACAAAACUUUGCGAAUCCCAAUAAGAGCGCCUUCGACGAUCUCAAUGACAGCAUUCGUAUGGCACUGGGUGGGUCUCCUUCGCGUCCGGCACCCGGCGCUCCAUCCCAAGCCACUCAACUCUCGCAACAGCAGCAAUCCAUCCCCAAUCAACAACCGCAGCAACGACAAAUUCCUGGCGGAUGGAUCGCCGAUAACGACAUUGCUCCUGUUGCUAAUGUCGGUGGCUUGGCUAUGACGGCUCCUGCUUCUGGACAAACGGUUAUGGGACCCGUUACCAAUACCGGAUAUCCCCAAAUCCCUAACCAAACUUCCCAGCUACCCGUGGGAUACGGCUCUCCGGCAAAACAACCAAUGUCAGCAGCGGGUCAACCGGCGACAACAACCACCGCCGGAAGCAAAGUACUGACUGGCGAUUUGGACAGCAGCCUGGCAAGCCUCGCUCAAAAUCUCACCAUCAACAAAAGCGCCCAACCCCAAGUCAAGACUAUGCAGUGGAACUCGCCGAAGAAUACAGCAAAGACGGGUGGCCCAGCUGGAUGGACGCCUCAGCCAAUGGCAGCUACGACCGGAGCGGGAUAUCGUCCAAUGGGCCAAGGAAUGACGCAACUCCCUCCAACCACCACUUUGGGCUUCUCUCAAACCGCACCGUUGGGUAUGCAAAAUAUGCCGAUGGGCAUGCAGGGUAUGCAGGGUAUGAGGCCAAUGAUGGGUGUUAUGCCUGGUGAGAACGCCGGGACUACCGGAGCGGCCCCAAUGAUGAUGACCGGUGCGAACCCAAUGAUGGGUCCCGGUGGCCCUAUGCAACCUCAACAGCAACCUCAAUCCAUCGGUGGCCAAACGACCAAUAACGCCGUACAGCUUGAUCCCUUUGGUGCUCUGUGAAAGGAUCUCUAGGAAUAAAAUCGCAACGGCGAGAUAAAAAUGGGAGGAACCACUUUGUAAAUACUGUGUAAUAAGCCUAUUUGCAGAACAAGAGGAAAAGUGAAAAAUAGGCUCUGCUUUUGUCUCGUCGAUAUAUUUCCCUCCCCCGAUGAAAAAAAAUUUCCCCGUUGUUGGUUAUCGUUUGAAUGACCUGCCUUAAAGAUUCCCCACUUUCGUGAGUCCAUCAGCGAUUAAUUAACUUUUGGAAAAAAUCUCGUUGGUUCGAGAUUCGUUAGAACUCAUGAUUUUGUUUUUUAGGUUGCCGCGCGGCUAGUUCUGUGUAUAAAACUUUUAAUAAGACGGCCCAUAGUGCUUAGGACAGAGAGCGAGCGAUUUUAAGGAUGCGAGAUACGUUAAUGGUACACACACAAAAACAACAAAAUUGAGAGAAACGAAAACGCUGAGAUAUAUUAUAGCUAAGCCACUCCAUAGAUUCAUAUAUAAAUAACGAAAAAAAGCAAAUAGUUGAAAUAGCCGAAAAGAAUUUUCUCGUUGUCAAAAGUUCAAGGAAAAGCCCAUUUAAGAUGUAAAACGCUUGCCAAAGAUCUCGAGAAUACGGCCCGAAACGUGCGUUGACGUCAACUCGUCAUCGCAAGAUCGUUCGAUAUUAAUGAUUUCAUCUCGUCGCAAGAUUAACCAUUAUUUUUGAAGUUACACACCGAAAAACUCACGAAAAGUCUCUAAUCUACGAUCUUGGGGGAUUUAAAAAAUUCGUCUUUUUCGAUCAACCAAUGGGCGAGAGAAGCGAAUAAUUCAAAAAAGGAGAUAAAUAAGCAGUUGUUGAGGGGAAAAAAAAGAAAUAUUCACUUUCACACACAUACAUACACUCCAUAUCACGCGUCUUAUUAUAAAACCGUGGCAUAUCCAUGUUGUACAUUAUUAUUUUUUAAUUUUGUCUCCUUCAUUUACAAUAUAUUAUUUUAUUUCCCUUCGUUAAGCUAGGUAUCGCUGAUAGUUAAUGGAACAAAAGAAAAACAAGUUACGGUGGGAUUAAGUAUUAACAAAUUAUAAAUAUAUAUAUAUAUAUAUAAAUAUUUGUAUAUCUAUACAAAUUUAUAUUCAUAUAUAUAUAUAUGUAUAAUCAAAAAACAAUAUCACCGAUACAAUUGUACGCAUAUAUGAGAAAAAAAACGAAAGAAAACGAUUGCAUAUGUGUAUAUAUACGUAAGAUAUAUAUGUACAAGAGAACGUCUACGAAUAAUGCAAUUAUUACGCGAUAAAUAUUAUAAUAAAUGUAGAGAGAGAGAGAGAGAGAGAGCGAAAGGAAGAAAAAGAGAGCACGAGAGAUUGAAAAAAACAUAAUUAAUCAAUAGAUAGUCCUAAUUUUAUCAAUGUUCUCUUAUUACAUACCGUUCCGAAAUAUAUAUAUGUAUAUAUAAAUGCUAUAUAUACAUAUAUAUAAAUAUAUAUAUAUAUAUAUAUAAAAUCCUAGGUAGUGCGUUAAUUAUUCAUGUUAUAGAAUGGAAAGGAAAGGAAAAAAUCAAGACUACGAUACUCACGUAAUUAUAAAGAAUAAUGUCUACGAUCGUCGUCGUGGUCGUUAUGGUUACCGCGAUGAAAUGGGAAGUAAGAUAAACGUUAAUCAUUGCUUCGUUGCUUUUCGAGCACGCAGAGUUACGUCGACUGAUUGCAACUAUCGGGAUAUUCAUAAAACUUUUGGAAGAGUGCAAACGAAGAAAUCUAAGCAAUUAUGUGUGUUUUCACGAGGGGUAGAAAAAUGAAAUUUUUUUGCUUUUAUCUUUGUUCUUGAAAUAUUGAAUUUUUUCAUCGAUUCAUAACAAGAAGAUUUUCAAUCUAUUUUGUUAACGUUGAUAAAUUUUAUGCAUGCGUGUUAUACAUAUUUGCGAUUGUGUAAUUUUCGAUGCUCUUUUUUUUCGAACAAAAUGUCAAAUUGUGGAACGAAAUGAAUUGAUUUUGUAAAUCGGUCUACUGCGAGCAAUGUUGUUGGAACGGAAGGUUCUGACUCUCUUCUCAUACAACUGACACGCCGAGAUUGAUUUUUUUUAACAAUUUUUGCUUCAGACGUCAGUGCUAAUGUGAAACAAAAUUACGAAUGAAUCGCCUCUACUGUUUCGCUCGAAUACAAAGUUCGAUACGAGCGAUAUUUUCUCUGUUCUUUUUUUUCCUUGCGAACAGAAAGAAUGAGUCAGAAGUUUGAAAAAGUGCUAUAUAUGUAUAUGUUGAAGCGUGCAGUGCUAGUCUAAAUAUUCGAUGUACAUUUCGUAGCGAAAAUGCAUGUGUUCGUGGAGGAGCGAUGAUAAAAUUGAUGUAAAAGUUUGACGAAAAUGAGAGAGUAAUUAGCCGCUUCAUUUCCUCACGCGCGUUUUUCCCUCCGUUUUCUUCUCUGUUCAUUUUUAUACAUUUCCAUUUUUUAUUCUCUUGAAUCGUCGUCACUGAUGUUCAUUUUGUACUCUCGUUGUUUGCGAAUGAAUUUUGAAAUCUUGCAUACUAUAUUUAGCAGAGGCAAAAGGGAAGAAAGAGGGACAGCAAAUGGCGACAUUAAUGUGUCCGAUCAAGCAGGGAAACGGGUUUAAUUAGAUCAAUUAUAAUCGCAUCGAUCAGCCGAACGAAUGUAAUCGAACGGGCGCGGAGUGAGGAAAAAAAAUAUUAAAAUAAUAACGAUAUUAAAAAUAAUAGGAGACAGCAAAAAUUGUAACUUGUAUAUUAAAAUCGGGCCGAUGUGUAAUGGCAUUUAGAAAAUUCGUAAGUUUACGAAUAAUUGUAUUAUAUCGAUAAAAGAACAAACAAAACAAUCCGGAGGAAUCAAAUAAACGAAAUACUGCUUUGGCUCGACGUGACCUUGGGCGACGAAAAUAAUUGUAUCAUUAGUAAAAUUAAUGAAAAAUACGAAAACGAAACGUUGAAUAAAUGUGGAAAACUCAAAAAAAACAAAAAAAAUCAAUAUCGUGCGAGGCACAUUCGUACAGGGAACAGACAAAAUGAAGAAUAAAACGAAACGAAAAAAAACUAACCAUGGCGAAUCCACCUGCGGUAGGUUCUAGUAUAGUUUUUAGGCGAAUGAAGUGAAAGAGAGAAUCUUUAGAUCAUUUUCGUAGAAUCUUAGUCCUCGGCAACGACGUUGGAGCUUUGAAAUGAAAAUUUUGAGAAAUAGGAGAAAAAAAUGUCAGAACGAAGGGUACACGAGGAUGGAUGAAGAAUAUGGAUUUUUACGGUUUAUCGCGCACAAUGAUUUACUGAGAGGAUGAAGAAGAGAGGAAAAAAAACAACAAAUAUAAACAAGGCACGUUAACUUAGACGAGGUCAAUUCGUCGUAACCCAGUUCUCGUAUGUUCUUUUCAAUGUCGAGCUCUCCCAAAGUCCACACUUUCCAUCUCUCCCCCACCCAAGCAUUUUUUUCCCUCUCCUUCGAAGUGGCCACGUUGAAUCAUUUUCAAAAGUCAUUAUUGUUGCGAAGUCUGUCGAAGUACGCGUUUCGAACGACCUUCGAUCAAUAAUUUAUGUCAAACUUUUUUUUUUAUUCGUUGCCAGUGUAAAUUCGUAUUUUGCACUAUCAUUCUUAGAAAUUAGAGCUCAUUGAUAAGGUUCUAUGUCAUUUUUCAAUGAAGUGACUGAAAAUCUAUGGCAGAACUUUGGAAAACUCUUUUGGUUGAUGUCACAUCACCGCGUACGAGAAAAGUCCAACUAGACCCUUUCGAAAUUACGCCUCAAUCUUGCGUUCAUAAAAACGUUGCGAUCCCAAAGGAUAAAAACGUUAUUUAGUCAAUUAGUGCGUUCGUUUCGGAGACGAGAAAUGAAUAAAUUAUGAGAAUAAUUGGUCCGGGGGGAAACGAUGAAAAUAAAUCUGUCUCAUAUACAUUUUUUGUGUUAAUCAAGAAUAUCGAAAAAUCUAGACACAGAAAUAACGAGAAUUGAUAUACUUCGAAAUAAAUGGAUGGAGCGUCGAAUGAUUUUGAAAUGGAAUUCAACGGAGUUUGCUUUGUUGGCCCUAAAGAAAAAAAAAAAAACGGUGCAAGAGGAUGCGAAUAUUAAUGAGAAAUCCAAACCUACUGGUCAUUAAGUGUAACAGGACAAUAUUACGUGUAUAACCCGCAAAAAAAUAUAAAUAUUAUAUCAGAGAACCUUAAUUAAAUCUAAUAAGAACGCUGUACUCCUUCUUAGGCUAGAGAAUACAUAAGUUAUUGAUUCUGAAGCGAGAGAGGCGAGAGAUAUGCGUUAAGAAAAGAUAUUUGGAAAAAUGCACGAUAUAAAGAAACGAAUAAAUAGUCUGAUGGCUAUAAUUUGUUCGACGACGAAUAUAUUACUAUUGUAUUGUACAGAUAUAUAUUAUAUAUACAAAUAUAUAUUAUAAUUCACCGCAUACUUUCGUUGAUCCGACGAACCGACGAUUUUCGUAGCGUUUCCGUGCUUGCCACCAGAAUGUUGUUUAUUAUCGUUAUAAAAACGUCACAAUCAUUUGAAAACGCCAGAGUACAUGAAAACCUUGAAAUUUUGAAAAGAAACAUUCGCUAUUGAAUAAAUUUAUUGAUCCGAUUGAAAAGUAAA